AUGGCUCUGAUCACCAUCUCUGGCUUCCCCUGUUCGGGCAAAUCGACCCGAGCCCUGCAACUCCAACAAGACUUCCUCGCUCGUCUCUCUUCUCCCGAGUACACCGGCCCCAAGCUCAGAGUAAUCAUCGUAGAUGACGAAAGCAAUCACGUUCCUCGAUCAGUAUACGACAGUAGCAUCUCCGAAAAGUCUGGCAGGGCGAACAUCUACUCUGCGGUGACGCGAAACCUUGGAACUGACACGAUCGUGAUUUGUGAUAGUCCGAACUAUAUCAAGGGGUUCAGGUAUCAGAUGUACUGCGCUGCCAGGGAGGCGCACGCGAGGGUGUGUACUCUGCAUAUAGCGACUCCGCCUGAGGUAUGUCGGGAGUGGCACGAGAAAAGGGGGGAAUGCUCCUAUAAACCGGAAACCUUUGACAACCUCAUCAUGCGCUUUGAAGAACCCUCCUCCAUGGUCCGCUGGGACUCUCCCCUCUUCACUAUCCCCUAUAUCGACCCGCUCCCCCUCGACGCCAUCUGGGCCACCAUCACCACCGGCGCCAAAGCCCCACCUACCGCCGCCGUCCUCGCUCCGCCCAAACCACCACCCAACACCCUCCAAAUCCUCACAUCGACCACAUCGGCCAUCACGACCGCUCUUCUCGCGCACGUCAACGCCACGCCGGGCUCCUCAGGCUUUGUGGUCCCUUCCCCUCCUGCGCGUCAAGCUGGGGAGCUGAGGGUGCGACUACCGAUGAAGCGGGUGACGCUGAGUGAGAUGCAGCGGCUCAAGCGGCAUCGGGCGGCGGGCGUGGGCGGCGCGGAUGAGGUGGCGGUCAAGUUUGUGGGGUUCUUGGAGGCGACUUGGGAUACAGCUGGAGAUUAG